CACAGCCUCAGAAUGGGGUUUGUUUAAAUGGAUGUAUGACAAUGGUGCAACUCCAUUGCUCGACGUAUAUGGCGAUGCAAGUUCUGAUAUGGUCGACUUUCAUGUGUCCACCUUCUUCCAAGCCCUUGGUUCCAAGAAGAACUACCUUCGUAUUCAGGAUGACACAUUAACAGGAGAUGCCGCAUCAGUUGAUAUUGCCACCCCGGAGAAUCUGCAAAAGCUUGUGGAGAUUGGAGAGGCGCUAUUGAAGAAAUCAGUGUCAAGAGUGAAUUUGGAUACUGGCAGGUUUGAGAAAAUUGAGGGCGAGGGUACUAAUGAAGAAGGUCUUACCUAUUUCGCCAAAUUGCUUGUUGAAGAACACAAGACCCGACAAAAAAAAUGAAAGCACUCGAAGUCUCUCCUUUUGAUCUAAAAUAUUUGGAUUGGAUGCUUUAAUAAGAGUAUUAAUUAGAACUUUAUUUGUGUGAGUUUGAACAAGCUAGAGAGGGGAUGUUCAAGAGUCUCACAUUGAUUAGGCGUUGGCAUUGGUUUGAUUAUAUGGUACUAGUCUACCUCCUAAGUAUUUCAGUUAUGGCUUGGAUUCUUUGGUGAGAUUAUUAUUACAAAUAUUAUAGAUAUGGGGCUUUCAUAAUGUCUUGUCCUAUUCAUUUUCUGAAAGAAUAGAGGGAAAUUUUGAAA